GCGAAAGCUAUGAAUGAGAGUUACCUGAAGAGACAUGAGACGAGAAGAGCUGCCCUCCAACAGAGACUGUCUGGUGACAUCACUGACCAGGACCGGAGACAACUGCAGGGAGAGCUGGAGGAGGUGGAGGGGGAGAUCAAGGAGUGUGUCUCAAUGAUACAAGAGUAUGAGAAGAGUAUACAUCACAAUUAUAAGUAUAUUGCUGAGAGACGAGUAAGAGGAGAGAAGAGGCAGAGAGAGGAAGAAUCGAAGCGGUUAUUUGAUGAGGCGAUGAAGCAUGGAUAUGUCUUGGUCAACAUUGUCAACAUGCUCGUGUUUGGACCGGCGGGAACAGGGAAGACCAACCUCAAGCACCUGCUAACUGACAAGCCCCCUCCACUACAGCGUGAAAGCACUCCUUGUAUGGAAAAGCCAGUACGCAUUCGACCUGUGUCCAACUCGAAAUUCAAGUCAACUGGAAGAGGCUGGGAAGAGAUGUCUCAGCCAAAGCUGCGCAAGCUACUUGCUGAAAUCAUCGCUAAGUUACCAAAAGAAAGCGCCGAUCCAUCCACAGCAUCAAGGGUUGCCAAGAGUUUGAAGAAGAUGACCACAACCGAGCUAAUUUCUGGUUCCGAUGAGCAAAUUUCUGAUUCCAUUUCGAGCCCAUUGAGGAACGAUUCCGAUACACUUUCUGGCUCUGCAAGAAUGUUGAAGAAAGCCAUCGAUGAAGUGAUAGCGAGUGUAGUGAGUGGUGUGGCAGAAGAGCUGAAGCCAGCCACACAAGGAACUGACCAACUGUCGAGCAGUGACCAGCAAGAAGGAGAACUGUUUAAUUCCAACUGGGUGUACGUUACCGACUGUGGCGGCCAGCCGCAAUUCCACGAUAUCAGCCCUCUCUUCAUCAAGCACAUUUCGGUGGCGUUGAUAGUCCUGCGUUUGAUUGACGAACUCUCCAGUUUUCCUUCUGACGAGUACUACAAGGAUGGGCAGCUUGUUGGUAGUCCUCAUACAUCUCACAUGACCAUCGGGGAGACACUUCAGAGUCUCAUUCGAUCCAUUGAGUCCCAUACCUCACAAGACAAGAAGCCGAAGAUGAUCUUUGUGGGCACAUUCUUAGAUCAGCUGAAGAGCUCGGAUACACUUAUCAAGAGAAAUCAAGAGAUUCUCGACAUGCUGCCACACGAUAUCGAGAAGCUAUUGGUGUACGAAGAUCUUGGAAUUAACAAUCUGAUUUUUGGUCUCAACACAAUCAGCCGAAAAGAUAAUUCACUGGCCACUGCCAAUAGGAUUAGAAUUGCUAUUGAGCGUUCUAUUCCGCUACAAGUCAAAAUGCCCAUCUGGUGGUCCUUCUUGGAUUCACUUCUCCAGAGUUUAUCUGCCGGUCUCGAGCGAGGUGUACUCGGCAUUGAAGAAUGUCUCCAAUUAGCCACGCGAUUUGGUUAUUUUCUCAAAGAUCUUGAAGCUGCACUGGUCUUCUUUGACAGCGUGUGUAUAGUGCACUACUAUCCCUCCAUUCUCCCCAACACAGUGUUUGUGGAUGCCCAGAUUCCACUAGACAAGAUCACCGAGCUCUCACAGCACGCCAUCUUCCUGAGGAAUGCAUGCUCUACUGUUAGCCCAGGAGGGACAGAUGCCGAAUGGAAAAGAUUUCGAGACGAGGGCAUAAUCACUGUAAAGUUCCUACAAUUCUUCGAGAAGCAUUACGUUGAAGGCAUCUUUUCUCCAGAAGAUAUGCUGUUGAUCAUGAAAAAGCUUCUUGUGAUUGCUCCCAUUCCACUAGUGGAGUCCCCUACCCACCAAGCCGAGUUCUUCAUGCCAUCUCUACUCAAAUCGGUCCAACCUGCUGAGCUAGACAAAGUCCGUUUGUCAUCUGUCCCCCUCGCUAUUCACUUCCCUAGUGGGUGUAUUCGUUCAGGUGUUUUCUGUUGUACGGUUGUUGAUGUAAUGCGGAGGCAUGAUUGGAAAGCUGUUCUCCCCUCAAGUGGUCCAAUACUUUUCGCUAAGAAUUGUAUUCAAUUUCGAUAUCCGAAUCGUCCUUGUGUCAUCUCAUUGGUUGAUUCCUUCUUCUGUAUGGAAGUGUAUGUCAAAGCCCCCCCUCUAUUACGCAAAGUGUUGUGUCCCAUAGUUUGUUCUCAACUAAUGGAAUCCAUCAAAGCUGCUUGUGUUGUUUUGAAUUACAACAAUGAUACACCCAAACCAGCGAUCUUUUGCCCUUGCAAGAAGAGCAUAGGAAGUGGAAACAAGUUGCACCUUGCCGAUGUGAGUGUGGAUGGCUAUUGGAUGUGUUCCCUUCAUGCAGAUGAGUGGGAAGAGCUCAGUGACGAACAUAGAAUUUGGCUGGGCAAUAUCGAAGGUUCAGGUGAACCAUCCUCUGUUACGAGAGAUGUCACUGAAAGAACGAGUGAUCAGCUGCAAUACCCCGGUAAUUCUGUAAUGGAAGAUGUGUGCUUGAAGACGGAAGUACAUGUGCAUGUUCAUGAUCAGCGAAAUACUUCUAACCUUGCAAUGGAACAUGUGGUCAAUAAAACGAGUGAUCAACAUACCAGUGAAUUGUCCUCUGUUACAGUAAUGGAAGAUGUGUGCAAGGAGACUGGAGUGAAGGACCAACAACUAGAUCAAGAAAUCCCUGAGAGUGACAUCAUUCUAAUCGCGGAGAAAUUUCCACACCUGCUGAGCGUGCACAAGGCUUUGACAAUUGACGAUCUGCAACAUGUUUACGAGAAACUACACACUGCACAUGAAAGUGCCAGCCCUCAGUGGUUCAAUCUGGGAUUGGCUCUAGGUCUCCAUCAUUCUGUUCUUGCCAUCAUCAAGAUCCAAAAUCAUAACGAGUGUGUGUCAUGCUUGCGUGACAUGUUGGUUAAGGUCCUAAGUACGCAACAUGUAACAUGGAGUCUCCUGUCAGGCGCUCUCAAAAAGCCCACAGUGGAUCUCAUCAAUUUGGCUGAUAGCAUCACAGCCACAACUCCUAACCUGCUCGAUCGACUCAACCUCACCCCAGCUGACCUUGGUGAUGUAACUGAUGUCACACGUCGUUAUGGCAAUCAAGCUGGAGUGGCUCAUGCAUUGGGAGCGUGGCGAAGUGUGAAUCCUUCCAGGGCUACCUUCAGGGCCUUGGUAGAAAUUGCCAUAGGACUGAAAAGCGGAGACACUGCUACAGACAUUUGUAGAUUCAUUGUAGAGAAUACGAGUGGAACUGACCGAAACUGAUUUAUACAUAAUGUUUUAUUGAUACUAUUUUGUCUGCAAUGCUUUGCUUUUCUGCACAUUAAUUUUUUGGUAGUCUCUG